AACCCAUAAGCGGUUGACCAACUGUGAAUCGCAUCUGUUCGUUGCCCACAUCAAUGGAGAAGCACGUACUGUUUGGUUUCUUCGCCCUUUGUCUCGCAAGCACCGUUAUUUGCAAGCUAGGUGCACCAGGAGGCCCCAUGAAACUGCAUCGCGAUUCGCCAGACGGCUUCAAGACAAUGGAAAAGUUUGAGCACGCACUGGCGAUCUCAGACUCGGACAACGAUACCGUGUUCGAGUGUAUGACAUCAACGCGAGUGGAUAUUAAUCCAGAGACCAUGACUGCAACUUACGCAAUCUCACUACCGAAACCUGGAAAUGUGCUUCUGUUUCAAAUCACACCUGGAAGCUCCCCCGGACGGCUGAUUUUUAAGUCGGACUUAGAUUCUAACACAAGAGAGGGUGUCAUAUAUUACACGGACUAUGAAAACUGUGUCGUGGCGGACUUGGAGCUGCAGGGAGAAGGACAUCAGUGCACUUUAUGGGUUCGAGUCGCAGUGGAGAAUAACAUACCACAAGACUGCAUGGACCAGUUUGUGGAUGUCUGUGGAGUCAUUGUUCCCGAGAACAGCCAAGACAUGUGCGCCGACAUCGAUGACGUCAAUUAACGCGUCAGUUAUUUCGAGUGCUUCUGCAGGCCAUGAGUUUAUUAUAGGCUGUUCGGGUAGCACUAGUUUCUAGCACAAGUAAUUUUUUUCCCACACUGGUAUGAUAUUCGAGGUAAUAAUGCAGCCUGUGCAGCAAGAGACGUGGUAAGCUGAAAUAAACGUAGGGCGUUGCACUUAAACAAA